AUGCCUGGCGCGACAAGCACUGACGGGGACUGCGAUGUGAAUAGCAUUCCAGCCCGGCUGUCCUCGCCUCAUCCCAAAUGGAACGCAAGCGAAUUCCAGUGUUCAAUAUGUUACGAUCUUCUACUUAACCCCGUAGUUGUCCUGCUUCCAUCUGCCGACCAGUCAUUCGGCGUCUGCAUCAGGCUUCGGGAGACCAUAGAGAAAUUGUUCCCGGAGCAGAUCGCGGCGCGUCGCCGAGCGGCGGGCCUUACGACCCACACUCACAAAUGCUCAGGCGACUGCAGCCCCGCAGCCUUCCCCUUCUCUCCCUCCUCUCCCAGCUCCUCCACCUACACCUCGGGCACAUCUACUGACACCGCCUCGACCAACACCGCUACCGCUGCCACCAACACCAGCGACACGGCCACCGCCACCACAGCCACAACCCAUUCAGGCUCCCCACCGGUUGUGACGGGAGGUCCCGCUGGGGGAGGGGGCGCACCUGGUCCACCCAGUGCCUCCUUGCCGUACCCCCUCCUGGAUUUGGAUCUCCUCAGCCGCGCGGCGGAGCAAUACCGAGAGCUGUCUCUCCUGAUCUCAGCGAUUACCUCCGUACCAGCUCCACCGGCGGCGGUGGUGCAGGCCUUCACACACGCGGCUGCGUCAAUGGCCGACCACGUCAACACGCGACGCGGGCAGAACGGCGCACCGGCCGCGGCGGCGGCGGCGAUGCCGCUGCAUCCGCAGCAGGCGGCGGAGCUGGCCCGGCUUUUCCUGUCAUCAGGCCCGGCGCUGACGUCAACAGCAGCCGCUACCGCUGCGGCCGCAGCGGCGUUGCGGACACUGGUUUCGGCGCUGCAUCACCAGCAGCGGCAAGCCGCAGCGGCGGCUGGGGCCGGCGCCGCGGGGCCGGACGGCAUCACCACAGCGCAGGGCACCGCAGCCGUCAUGGCGGCGUCCGGCGCCGCCGAUGAUGCGUUGCGCACUACCGCCGAUACCGUUCAACAGCUGACGGCGGAGGCUGCCGCUAUGAGCCACCUACUGCGGAUGCACCACCAGCAGCAACUGCAAGCCCACAUGCAGGCGGCAUGGCAGGCGCAGGCGGCGGCGCAAGCGCAAGCCCAGACGCAGCAAUUGCUGCAGCUUCAGGCCGCGCAGCAGCAGGCGGCGCAGCAGCAGUACCUGGGUCAUUACACCAUUUCGGGGGGCCCGCCGCAACCGCCGCCGCCGCCGCCGCAACAGCCGCAGGUGCUGAUUAGUUGGGGGAACGGCCCGACGGCGGCGGCAUCAGCGCCCGUCCUGAUUGUGGGCGGGGCGCCGGCGGCUACACAGGAUCCCGCCACCACGUACCCCAUAGCGGCCGCCGCCGGUGGCCAGCAACCCCACGCCACGACGGCGCCGUUACAACCACUCCCGUACAUUUCGGUUCCCGGGUCGUCAACCGCGACCGUUGCCGUCGGCACUGUCGUUGGCCAUACCCCCACUGCGGAGUUGUACGGCUGGGUGCAGGCCACUGGCUCGGCGCCUUAUCAGGACGGGGUUGCAGGAUCGGUUUGGCCGGAGCAGGCGAAUGCAGCCGCCGCCGGCGCCGCCGCCGCCGCCGUGACGGGCCAGGGCCAAGUGUGCUACCCGCUGACGGCAGCCGCUCCUUUACGAUUCCUAGGUGCGCAGCCGUACGCUGCUGCCGCCGGCAGCGCCUCGGCCGGCGGUGUGCAGCCGAUGCAAGUAUCCCUGGCGGAGGUGUUGCCGGACUCGGCCGCCACUGCGGCGGCGCCAAUGUCACCUCAGGGCCUUCAGCAGCAGCGGCUGCGGCUACUGCCGCGGCAACAGCAGCAGGCCCAGGUCUUGGCCCGCGGCGCAUCGGCUGCGGCGUUGCCCGCCGUUGGAUUGGCCCCCGCGGGUUUCGGAGCGACGGCGGUCCCUCUCGUCCCGCUCGGGGGCGGAUCCUGGCACCGGGACUGGAAUUGCUGGGACUGCCAUGUGGCGCAGGCAGGCAGGGCAUCCAAAGGUCCCGAGCUCUCAGCACUGGGUGUUGCGGUUGGCGGUUACGAACUACAGCUUGGCUCGCCCAUAAACCCCUCCGACGUCAACACGGUUCAGGGCAAGUACCCCAUCCAGCCGGCCCUCCCCGGAGCAGUGCCCGGGCAUGAAGGCGUGGCGGAGGUGCUGGCUGUGGGGCCUGAGGUUUCGGAGCUCUCCCCCGGCGACUGGGUGGUCCCGCUAGCUCCCGCCCAGGGCACCUGGCGCAGCGGCGGCAUCUUCCCUCGCGCCCACUGGCACCGAGUGCCUCAGGACAUCGGGCUGGAGUCCGCAUCUACUCUGGUUAUCAACCCCCCAACCGCUUUGGCGAUGUUGGAGAAUUUCGUGGAUAUGAAGCCCGGCGACACGGUGGCUCAGAACGGGGCUACAAGUGCAGUGGGGGAGGCCGUUAUUCAAAUCGCGCGAGCAAAGGGCCUCCGUACUAUCAACAUCAUACGGCAGAGGCCCGACAUGGAGGCCACGGUGGCUCGGCUCCGAGACCUAGGGGCGGAUCUGAUCACCACGGAGGAGCGACUGAAGGAUGAUCUGACCUGUGAUGAUUUUCCUCCUCCACCCCAAAGCCAUCCUAGACUUUCAACCUGUAACCUGCCUCCACCUCCAUCUCCACCUACUCCGCAAUCCCCGCCCUCCAACCCCCCGGAUGGCGGCACGCUGGUGACGUACGGCGGCAUGUCCAUGCAACCCGUGACCGCGCCAACCGCCGCCAUGAUUUUCAAGGACAUCUCCUUCCGCGGGUUCUGGCUCACGGGCAGGUGGUCUCAGGCGCAAGGCCCGGCUGGCAAGGCGGCCGCCCUGGACCGCAUCGUGCAAAUGUACCGGUCCGGCAGUCUGCGGCCCCCCGCUGUGGUGGCCUUCCCUCUGGACCUCUGGCGGGAGGCCUUCCAGGAGCUGGCGACACCGCACAGGGGCCGCAAGGUGGCGCUGUCUCCCUCGGCAUAG